AUGGAUUCCUCAUCACAAAAGUCCGCGAACCUCUUCCAGGUGUACCUGCGUUUGCGACCGCCCCCAGCUGGCGCAGCUUCUUCCGAUCGGUUUUUGGACGUUGAGGAGUGUGAUGGAGACUCACAUCCCUCCCAUAUCACCCUCAACCCGCCAAACGAUCGCAAACGCUCAACCGAGAAGUUCGCCUUCACCAGAGUCUUCGAGGAAGACGCUACUCAGCUUGACGUCUUUCAGUGCACAGGAGUCGCGUCGCUUGUCGAGGGCGUCUUGGCUCCCCAUGGGGGUCACGGCACUGAUGCCUUGAUAGCUACUUUAGGUGUCACUGGUUCUGGAAAGUCGCAUACCAUUCUCGGUUCACGCACAACACGAGGCAUGACGCAACUCGCUCUUGACGUUGUCUUCCGAUCCAUUGGCUCCAACAUGUAUGAUUCCCCGAGUCUUGAAGGCUCUCUUCAAGCCUCCGACGUUUCCGACGCCACCAUUAUCUCAGCACCAUACUUUCUCGAGACUGUGUUUACCGACUUUGGUUCAUCCCGUGGAGGAGGAUCAAGAGCGGGAACGCCAAUACUUGAGAGCCUCUUCGGCAUCAAGAUCAUGCGCAAGGGCACUUCAUAA